CCGGCUCUUCUCCUCCUGCUCCCGCAUCCAGGGAAAAGUUUGAAGACUCUGAUGUCCAAAGGGAUCUUACAGGUACAUCCCCCCAUCUGCGACUGCCCCGGGUGCCGCAUCUCGUCUCCAGUGAACCGGGGUCGUCUGGCCGAGAAGAGGACAAUCCCUCUGCCUCCCAUCAGGAUCCCCAAGAAAGAGCUGACUUCAAUUUUCUCACAUAGUGAUGACAGUGAGGAGAGUGACAAAGCCAAUGGUCAGCACCCUGAAGUGAAGAGGGAGGAGGAUCUCCACAUCAGUAUCAUGAAAAGAAGGAUACACACCCACUGGGAUUUAAACAUCUCCUUCCGAGAGACCUCUUGCAGCCGUGAUAGCGACCUCUCUACCAUCAUCUCCAACCUGCAUCAGAGCCGCCAGCUCGUUAUGCCAGAGACCCAGAGUCGCUGUGAAUUCAAGAGAACCAGCAUUGACGUCGGCUUAGGAGCAGCAGGUGAAAAUACGUGGUGGCAUGACCCUAACCGUGAGCUGGCACACACAAGUAUGUUCCAACGGCCACAACACUUGUGCACCCACGCUGAGGGGCCCAUGUCGAGGAGAACAGAUGAGAUUUUAGGCAAGAGAAGAGUAUGUUCUCCCAACAGCAGCAGUGAGUGUCCUUUAGAAAGCAAGAAAGCCCGAAGCGAGUCCCCGAAGGAAAACUCCCACACGCCUCUGCUUGAGGACUCAGUGACUCAGAUGACCCCAGAAGAGCACUACAGACGGAUGAUGUCAGCUCUGAAUGAACACGGCACGUUUGAAGAGCAGCAGCAGCAGCGUCUCUACCAGCUGGCCAACAGCAUGGCGGUUCCCAGCCAUGGAGGUACCAGCCUGUGUGGGGGGAAGAAGGGGCUGCAUUCACAAUUUAUGUGGUCAUCCAACCUCCUCUUAUGUUAUGGGAGGGGAGCGCCUGCCGAGUGGGCAGUGCCUUCCCAAGCCAGGCUCACACCGCACGCAGCGCCAGAGAAGUCUAACAGAGAAUGUCUCUUCCCGUUCCCUAGGGAGAUGUCUCACCCGCCGCCUCUGCUGUCCCCCCAGAACGCACCCCACAUCGCCCUGGGGCCUCACUUGAGACCCCCCUUCCUGGGGGUGCCUUCAGCUCUGUGCCAGACACCAGGUUACGGGUUCCUGCAGCCAGCCCAAGCGGAGAUGUUUGCACGGCAGCAGGAGAUGCUGCGGAAGCAGAACCUCGCCAGGCUGGAGAUGUCAGCGGAGAUCAUACGACAGAAGGAGCUGGAGAACCUCCACCGGCAGCGGCUGCUGGCGGGUGACCCAUUGAGCCUGCACCCGGCCCUGCCCCCGGACCACCCGGCCCUGAGGAACAUGCACGACAUCCCCGAGGGGCACCCGCUGCGGGAGGAACUGUCGCGGCGCAAUGCCAUGCUGGUGCUGCGGCACAACAACACGCCCCUGCUGUCCCUCAACCACGGUGUGCCCAGCAGUGCCACCCCGCCCAAGGAGCACACCCGCCGGGGCAACCGCAAGUCAGCCCAUCACCGGGCAGAGCCGCAGGGCCUAAGCGAGGCCAAGGAGCUGGCCGAGCCCCGGGUGCGGGAUGGUGCCCCUGACUGUAACGACGAGGAGAUGAAGGACUCGGAGAGUGACGCUGAGGUGAGCGACGAGAAGCCAGAGAGCCUGAAAGCCGAGAGCAGCAGCUCGGCCAGCGAACUCAAGGAAUGCAAAGAGAUGGGCAAGGUCUGCGAGGGGGCCAAGGAGCUCAGUGACGUGGCCGCCGGCCAGAAUGCCCCUGGCAGCUCCUCCAGUGCAGAGUCGCCCAGCCACCUGCUUGGCCCCGGCAUCAAUAAAAAUGAGGUGAAAUACCUCCCACCCGCCUCCAUUCCACCGCCCCAGCCGCUGCCCUUUGGAUUCCCGUACACCAUGAACCCCUAUUUCCAUGCAGGCACCAUGGGAGGUCUGUUUUUGGACGGCGAGGAGAGCCCUGCGCUGGAAGACAUCAGCAAAUGGACGGUGGAGGAUGUUUGCAGCUUUGUGGGCAGCUUGUCUGGCUGUGCUGAGUACACUCAGGUAUUCCGAGAACAGGCCAUCGAUGGUGAGACGCUGCCUCUCCUGACCGAAGAGCACUUACUGAACAACAUGGGGCUCAAACUGGGCCCAGCACUGAAGAUCAGGUCACAGGUCGCCAAGAGGGUUGGCAGGGUUCUGUACAUGGCAAGCUUCCCCAUGGCGUUCCCACUGCAACCCCCAGGCUUACGGCCUCCAGACCGGGACCUGCCUCCUACGGACCUCCGCCCGUCCUCUACUGGAAGCGUGGCCUCCCCAUUCAGCACUGGCCUGCUCCCCGCCAGCCGCAUCUCACCAAAGCAGGAGAAUGGAAACCCUCCCUUAAUGGCUGGCAUCAACGACACCACAAAACCUCCAUCUUAACUGCAUGGUGGCUCUUGACUCCCUCCAGAACUGAGACGCAGCUGGACAAACUCAAAGGUACCGAGUGCGAGAGACAAGGAGCCCCCCUCCCCCCCCCUCCCCCGGCCUCAGUGGUGUGCAGCAGAGGGCCCAGGAAAGAGGGAUGAUAAUAAUGAUUAUUUUUUUGUGGUGCAGUCAUUUUGUUUAAAAAAAAAAAAAAGAAGAAAAAGCUCAAAGAAGUUCAAAAGGAAGGAAAAUAAUCCAAAGAUUUACCGAAAGCAGCUCACGGAGAAAACACAAGGGUUUGGAGAGGGACGGAAACCGCUCGCUCCCCUGCUGAGAGCAGACAGCACAUGGCAGGCGGGAAAUUGGAUGCUUCUUUGCCUUCGAGGGAAGGCGGCUUUGGAGGACUCCUGGGCAUGGCUCUCAUCGGGGUGGGGCACUGCUCAUCGAGGGAAUCUGCUCUGCGCUGGGAGCCCCCACCCCCGCCCCUCAAAGGCAGGCAGCUCCCUCCCUGGAGCCUGUCCUCAGUUCCUCAGUCAGGUGUCUAUGCAUCUCUAGCAACUUUUGAACCAAUACCAAAGACAGACAAAAAAAAAAAAGACAAGAAAAAAAG